AGUCAAACUGUUCGAUGGGAGCAGAAUUCAGAGCAACGCCGGACAACAACAGACUGCGCCGGAGCUUAGCGCAGGAAAUAGGCUAUCACAUUCCUUUCAAAAGGUCUCCGUAGUGUUUCCAUGUAAACAGCUGCUACAAAAACACUGACAGUAAGAGGGAUGUGGAACCAGCUGCUCAAGCCUCUGAAAUGUCUCCAGGAAGAGUGAUCUGUGGAUGAUGAUGAAGUGAGUCAGAAGAAAACACAAUUCAGGCAAAGAUAUCUGAGCACGGAGCCAAAGAGAAACCUCCUCUAGUUCACAAAGAAGGCAGACAUUUACUACCAGUCAGCUGCUGCGAUGUUAAUGCCAGGACCACUGUGGUUGUGGUUGUCUCUGAUAUGGGUCGGAAGCUGUGAUUCUCACAGCCUGUUUACCUGUGAGCCCAUCAAAGUACAUAGGUGCCUAGGGAUGCCCUACAACAUGACUUUCUUUCCUAACAUGAUGGAGCACUAUGAUCAGGAAAUCGCAGCUAGCAAAAUGGAGCCCUUUAUGCCCCUGGCAAACCUACGGUGCUCACCGGACGUCCACCACUUCCUGUGCCAAGCCUUCAUCCCGGUCUGCAGCGAGGAGAACAGGGUGAUCCGCCCAUGCAGGGAAAAGUGUCAGGCCGUUCUGUCUGACUGUGAGGAGAAUAUUCGCGUUUUCGGCAUCUCCUGGCCUCCUGAGCUACAGUGCGACAAGUUGGACGCGUGUGGCUUAGAUGGUUCUAUCCCUCCCUCAACCACCCCUGUGACCUCCUCGUCACCUAAGAGAGACCUCGGCUUCUGGUGUCCGCUGCAGCUAAAGACCAAGCCACGUCAUGGCUCCUCUUUCCUUGGUGCCCAGGACUGCGCUCCACCCUGCUCCAACAUGUACUUUAAACCUCAUGACAUUGAGUUCGCCAAGAGCUUCAUCGGUGUGUGUUCCGUCAUCUGCCUGGGCGCCACCCUCUUCACCUUUCUCACUUUCCUCAUCGAUGUGAAGCGUUUCCGAUACCCAGAGCGCCCCAUAAUCUUCUACGCGGUCUGUUACAGCUUCGUCUCGCUCAUGUAUUUCAUCGGCUUCCUGCUCGGAAACACCGCCGCCUGCACCAAAGCAAGUCAUCCUGCAGGCGUGGAUACCGUGGUGCUGGGCUCGCACAGUAAAGGCUGUACCCUGCUUUUUAUGCUUCUUUAUUUCUUCACUAUGGCGGGUAUUGUCUGGUGGGUCAUACUCACCAUCACCUGGUUCCUGGCAGCUGGACCCAAGUGGAGUUGCGAGGCUAUUGAGAAGAAAGCGGUGUGGUUCCACACUGCAGCCUGGGGUAUCCCCGGUGCAUUAACUGUCAUGCUGCUGGCUCUGAACAAGGUCGAAGGAGACAACAUCAGCGGGGUUUGCUUUGUGGGACUCUACGACCUGGACGCACUGCGGUACUUCGUCCUCGCUCCACUGUGCGUGGGUGUCAUAGUGGGCCUCUUCCUCAUCCUGGCAGGUAUCGUAUCUCUCAACCACGUCAGGCAGGUGAUCCAGCACGACGAGCGCAACCAGGAGAAGCUCAAGAAGUUCAUGAUCCGGAUCGGUGUGUUCAGCUGCCUCUACCUGGUUCCGCUGGUCACCCUGUUAGCCUGCUACACCUAUGAACAGAGUCACCGCAGCUCCUGGGAGAACACCUGGAUCAAUGACAGGUGUCAAGAGUACAGCAUACCCUGCUCCUACAAGGCUGCAGAGCUCACCCGUCCUGACCUCUCUUUGUUCCUUGUCAAAUACUUGAUGACGCUGGUGGUUGGGAUAUCUGCAGUGUUCUGGGUCAGCAGCAAAAAGACCUGUUCUGAAUGGGCUUACUUCUUCAAAAGAACUCGUAAAAGAGACCCCAUCAGUGAGAGCCGUCGGGUACUCCAGGAGUCUUGUGAGUUCUUUCUUAAACACAACAGCCGUGUCCAGCACAAGAAGAAGCACUACAAGUCCACAUCCCACAAGCUCAAAGUCAUCUCCAAGUCCAUGGGCACAAGCACAGCUGGCUCUCCCACUAGUGCCACUAAUCAGGGCUCCUCUGUGUUCGUCAACCACGAGCCGCACACAACUAGCUCCCUGUCUGAUACCUCUGCCAGGGAGCAAAUGGACCGAGGCGUCUCUAGCCGAAGCUCCAGGAGGGUGGAGAGGGAACGGGAGAGGGAGGGGGGAGAGAGGCGCAGCAAAGGUGGGAGUUCCAGUAAGGUCAGCUGCCGCUCGGAGAACAUGAACAGAGUUGCAGAUGGCAGAAUGACUCCAAGGAGCGAGCUUUCAGAUGCUAGACAAGUUACAAGUGGACAGCAGCAGCAGCAUCCGGCUUUAAACCUAUCACACAGCAGCAGCAUCCAGGACUCCGCCCACCAGACGGUGGACCAGGUUUCAGAGGAGAGCAAGGAGCCAAAGGAAAUCUAAGCUCCCAAAUGUUCCUGUUCAGCUUUGCAUCCAUCCUUUUUCAUAGCUCAAUGCCAAUUGAUGUUGGUUUCAGCACCUGUUAGGGGUUAAGUUGUAGCCAGUGAAUGUUUAGAAUAUGAACAACGCAGCACACAUCAGGUGUUUUGAAACACCUGAUGUGUGCUGCGUUGUUCAUACAUCAUACAUCAGGUGUUUCAGAUGUGGUUUGUUGGACCAAAAUCUGGGGGAUUUUGACUGCAGCUGCUCAAGUUGUUGCAUCUUCUGUUUGGGUGAUGACUGUGUGUUCCAGCUUUACUGAUCUUUUAGUCUGAAUGUUGAACACAUCUGGAUCUCAAACAUGCUACAACCAAUGGUCAUUUAGGUCAUUAUGAAUCCUGCUGUAAAGGUUUUAGUUAAAAUGCAUUUAAUUUCUACUAAAAAUGCGUUAUAUGUGUAAAAUGUUUUUUUUAAUGUAGAAUUUUAAGCUUUUUACUGUAUUAGUCCUCACACUGAAUUUUAUUAGGCAUCGCCUAACAUUCAACCCAAGAAACUAGUUCUAUCUUUGGAAGUCUUAUUAUUACUUUUGGAUACAAGGUUAAAAACCUACGUAUGUACCACUCUUAAAUGAUGCUCUUAAACUUGAAAUAGUUGAAUGUUGAAUGUGCAAAGUCAUUUUGAAAGCUUUUGCUUUUUUCUUUUCUUUUCGGAACUUUUCCUGAUGCUUAUUUAAACACUAACAUCUUUAAAGACAUAUCGACUGGACUGGGUUAAACUACUGUUGUGUAAUAAUCCAAACAUCAUCAAGCAGGCAUUAUGCACUAUUAGAAGCGCAAACCAUAAAUUACUGAGUGAUAGAUAAAUACAAGCAAUGAUUUGUGGAUAUAAGUGUGAGCAGGCCUGGCCCAAUGUUGUAUGUGGCCCUAAGCAGCGUUAUAUUAGUGCGACCACCUCCAGCUAAGCCAAUUGCAUUUAUUACAGACUGGGGAGCCUCACAGAGGAGGGAAGACGUUUAAUGUUUUCUUUACAAGCAACCAUGGAGAAUAAAUGCUAUUAUUCAUUGAUGUACGUACAAACCGAGCAGCAGAAAUGACUCUCUUCAUAUAAUGUUCAAGUUAUGAAGCUUUUCUUUAGUGUGUACACAACUUGUGCAUUUGCAUUCUGUGUUGUGUAAAUUCAAGUGCCCUCGGAGCCCUCAGUCCAGCAAGGUGCCAUAAGCAGCCGCAAAGUCUACUUAUACCUCCGGUUAGCUCUACCUGUGAGGAGUAUUCAUAAUAUUUAGGUCGCAUAUGAAUUAUCUCAAGUUGCUUUUGCACACAUUAAGUGAUUCAUAAGAAAAAACACUGUCUUUAAUGCUGCAUGAUUCUCUGAGGUGCCUUUUUUUUUUGGAGUUAAAAGACAUUUCCAGAAUCACAAAUUAAAAGGGAAACUGUGUGAAUGAAUGUUUUAUUAUGGUUUUUCUGUCACCUGAUAAUAGGUGAAGUCUAUGAUGUGCCUCGUGUAGACUGUCAAAUACUCCAUUUUGCUGUUUCCAGAGUUAAUUUUUGUACAUUCUCUUUGUAGUUUGUAAGUUCUGAUGACUGUGACGAAGUUUUGAAUAAAAAAAGAAAUCUUUUA